AUGUACACCAAGGCCUUCCUUACCGCUAUCCUCGGCGCCAGCGCCGUCUCUGCCCACGGCUUCGUUGAGAAGAUCACCGCUGGCGGCAAGACCGUCGACGGCCUCAACCCCUCCAGCUACCCCUACCAGAACGACAAGCCCGUGACCCCUGGCUGGGCUGCUACCAACACUGACCUUGGCUUCGUCGCCCCCGACGCCACUGGCAACGCCGACAUCAUCUGCCACAGAGGUGCCACCCCCGGUACCUCUUCCAUCUCGGUCGCCGCCGGCCAGAAGGUCACCGUCAAGUGGAACACCUGGCCCGAGUCUCACAAGGGUCCCGUCAUGGACUACCUCGCCAAGUGCUCUGGCGACUGCACCAAGGCCACCAAGACCGACCUCAAGUUCUUCAAGAUCGCCGAGAAGGGCCUGACCAGCGGCAAGUGGGCUGCCGACGAGCUCCGCGAGAACAACCUCAGCUGGGACAUCACCAUCCCCAGCGGUCUCGCCGCCGGCAACUACGUCCUGCGCCACGAGAUCCUCGCCCUGCACUCCGCCGGCUCUGAGAACGGCGCCCAGUUCUACCCCCAGUGCAUCAACAUCCAGGUCACUGGCGGCGGCUCCUCCAACCCUACCGGUGUUGCUGGCACCAGCCUGUACACCGCCAAGGACAAGGGUGUCAUCUUCGACAUCUACAACAACCCUACCUCCUACCCCAUCCCCGGACCUGCUGUCGUUUCCGCGAAGCGCCGCAGCCACGCCCGCGACCUCAACAUCAUCAACUAA